GCCAGAAGCCUGAUCUCGCGGAGAGGAGGAGGAAGAGGAGGUACGCGAUCGAUCGAACGGGAGGAAUCCAAAGAACAAGUGAGAUUCGAGGAAUAGGGAAGGAAAAGAGAGAAGAACUGAGAAGAAAGAGGUGACAAAGAAAAAGGGCGGUGCGGGAGGGAAGAGAAGGCUUGGCAUCUAAUUCUGUUGUCGGGAUUCCUCCCCUGCUUUGGAACUCCAAAGAUCCGUUGCUGCCGAUCUCCGCGCUUGGUGAAAAGGGCGGUCUUUUCUGCCCCUUGCCAUUGGAGAGGGCGGAAAAGAGUAUCGGUGCGGCAAAAGGAGUAAAAGGUUCGAAUGGUAGAUUUCCGUUGUCUGUGCCCCUCGAGGAGUAGGAGGAGCCGCUGGAAUGUGACGGAGGAAGAGUUCUUUUGCAGGAGAGGCUGCUACUGAUGCGUCUAUCCGGUAUUAGAAAUCGGUUUAAAUUGUUGGCAAUCAAGACAUGAAUCUACCCGGUAUUAGAAAUUGGUUUCAUCGGUAGCACACUGAUUCUUCAAAAAACAAUCUUGACAGUGAUAUCUUGAGGGUUGGGCAGGUUGUGUGACCUGGAGUAGUUUUGGAUAGUGCGUGACAAAUUGGCGACUUCAGUGGAUGGCGUCUGAUUCUAACAAUGGUCUUCACCAAGAAAGCAUGAACCCUUUGUUUCAUCAUCCUCGCAUGGUCUCUUUUCAGUUAGGCGCGAUGAAUAGCUCAACGGGGAUGAUUUCUAGUGACCUGUGCAGCUUGAAUGAAAAUGGCAGCAUGGCCAGCAUGUUUAUGUCUGCUGACUCCAGCAUGAUCAAUCAUAUGGAUGCAACAACUCUAGCUCGAUACCCUGCAGGAUCUGUUGUUGGUGAACCAAUGCCGAGGUUCGUGCAUGUGUCAGGGUCACCUGCAUAUUGGUCUCCAGAAGAAGUGGAAUUAUUAAACAUAGGCCUCAUCAAAUAUGCGAAUGAACCAAGUAUACAAAAGUUCACUAAAAUAGCUGCUUUGCUGCCUCGGAAGACUAUAAGAGAUGUUGCAUUGAGGUGUCAGUGGAUGAUUAACAAGGAAAAUGGCAAACGGCGGAAGGUGGAAGAAAAUUAUGCAGCAAAAAAGGUGAAAGAUAUGAAGGAGAAGAUGAUGGGUGCUCCAUCAACAGCAACUAUUCACAGGUCUCCUAUUUCACUUACGAUGAAUCAUAUGAACAUCCAUGAUCAGCUUCCAUCUGAAGAAAUAUUACGUCUUUUGGAUGAAAAUGAUGGAUGCCUAAGAGAGAUUGCAAGGAAUCUUAAUGGAAGCAUGAUACAAGAGAACAUCAAUUUAUUUCAUUACACGAAAAAUAACAUCAUGAUGAUUGAGAAUAGAAUAAAUAUGAAGGCUGCAGCAAUGAAGCAACUUCCUGGACGAAUGAGACAGUUGCCUCCUUUACCAGUAUCAGUAAAUGAUGAACUCCUCAGUGGUCUUAUACCACUAAUUGGAAAUAUGUAACAAGAGGAUGAUUUCAUGAGCUUGGGAAUGUUAUUAGCUCUGGCCUUAUUAAAUUCGUGGACCAGAGGGAAGUUCUGACAUUCGAGCUAGAGAUAUUUGUACUGAAUCAGGCAUCAGGCAACAAAACCCUUUUUUCUCCAUGGCUAUGAUGGUAGCUCGACUCCGUUCGGCUUCUGAUUCGAGUUUCUUAUGUGUUUGUAGCAUUAAGUGCAAGGUAUCAUUGGAUGUAAGAAAACAAGCGCUGCUUACAUAUUAUCAAUUUGAGUCUUUGCAUAUUAUCAACUUAUUUACUUUUUUUUAAUGUUCUUCCAUGAAUGUUAAUUCUUUUGGCACUGGAAA